AUGUUUGAGUAUCAGGAGUCAGGAGUAAAAACAACCACCAGUCACAGAAUUUCGUUUUCUAUUAUUGACAUUUUGGAUCCCAAAAAGUUCACACAUAAAAAGUUAGUUGGAAAUUCGCAAAAAAGCAGCGAGUCAUCUCAUACCGCAAAAUUUGGAAAUUUGAACAGCUCAUUUGCUGGCAAAGAAGGUCCUGUUCCCGCAGAGGCACCGUACUUCAACAAGGAUCCAGACGGAUGUACAGUGGAAGACCACCGGGACUGUUUAAGACCACAUGCUGCACAUAAAGUGGAUUCAGCUACAACUCUCGGUGAUAUUCACUCUGGCCUAUCGUCCGGUGAGGACCCAGCUGAUGGUGACGAACAGAGCAGCAAUAUUACAGACGUAUCAGUCGCAGACGACCCGAUGCGCCACCGACGACGCAGGUCUGAUCAUGGCUGCGCGAAGCCUCGCCGCGCCAGAACAGCGUUUACUUACGAACAACUCGUAGCUCUGGAGAACAAAUUUCGCGCUACGCGUUACCUGUCCGUGUGUGAGAGACUAAACCUUGCACUGUCGCUGAGCCUGACUGAGACUCAGGUUAAGAUUUGGUUUCAGAAUCGCAGAACCAAGUGGAAGAAGCAAAACCCUGGGGCUGACGGCACGAUGCAGCCGAGCUCGAGCUGUAGCUCAGGUUCAAGCAUCAGUCGCAGCGCGGGAGCAUGUGGGCCCGUUCCAGCCGGAUUCCAGGCUUUCACACCUUUCAGCACCGGAAAUAUGAUCUUCCACACUUCUACCGCUAUGCCACUAUCACCCACUGGUGGCGUGUUGCAUUCGUUUUUACCCAGUGGCUACCUGCAGCCAUCCUUCUUUCCGCCUCAUUUAUGAAGUCUCACAAGGUGAUAUAAAAUGACGCUUAAAAGGGCAAAAUGGGAAAUCACUGAAUCUAAACUGACAUCGGAUCGUACACGUCGCAAAGCAAACAGAAUCAAGUGUCAUUCUCAGAAACCCGGAUCUUCAAACUGGUCUUUUGGAAUGGCUGCAAAUGGCUCCAGCAUUCCCGUCUACACUGACUGCCCCCCAGAUCUGCCGAUAAC